GAAACAGAGUUACCAACGUUUUAGACUAGUAUGCGGUUUCAAAUUGAGAUCGAUUAUUUCAGUACGGUGUUGUCGAGCGAUGAGUGUUUCUCUUGUUGUUCAAUGUUAACUCACAAAUAAACACGAUGUCUUUGUUACGAUCGUUGCCUUCGGGACUCAAUAGAACGACGAAAUUGAUAUCUCGGAGUGUUCCAGUUGUAUCUUAUCAUCCAAAUGUUAUAGAUCACUAUGAAAAUCCAAGAAAUGUAGGUUCCUUGGAUAAAAAUGACCCUAAGGUUGGUACAGGUAUCGUAGGAGCUCCAGCCUGUGGAGAUGUAAUGAAACUUCAGGUUAAGGUUGACGAACAAGGAAAGAUUAUUGAUGCUAAGUUUAAAACUUUUGGUUGUGGUUCUGCUAUUGCUUCAAGUUCCUUAGCUACAGAAUGGGUUAAAGGAAAAACUUGCUCGCAGAAGAUGCAAUUAAGGCUGCUUUGUCAGAUUACAAUAUAAAACAAAAGCAGAAAUUGAAAGCCAAUGAAAAUAGUACUAACGCAAAUGAAACAUGAUUUUGAAAUGUUUCAGACAUAGUUGAAAAUAGCAUCAUACAAUAUAUUAUUUCUCAUUUACUUUUUUAAAUAUUAGUAGCCACUAAACUCUUCAUAUAUAAAAAUAUUUAUAAAUUAUGAGUUGUGAUUAGAAUAAAGGAAAAUGUAUAUUAAAAUACACAUAAAAUUAUAUGUAGAAGCACUUAUAAAUGUAUGCUAUUUGUUUUAAAAAAGAAAAAUAAAUAUAUUUAGCUAAAAAAUUGGAUUAAAGCAUUUAUUUAUACAUCAAUGCUAUUAGGCUAGACAGCCUAUUAUUACCUUUGAUUUCAUUGCAUUAUUUCAUGAAAUAUCAAUUUCAUCAAUAUCAAGCUUCGUAUUAAAUUUAUUAUUUUAUUUUGAGACGAUCAUUUCUUAAAAUUGCC